AUGGAGUUUAUACGGGUGUCCCGGGGGGUUCUUGUCUUGGCCCUGAGCUUCCUCGUUGCCAACGCCUCUCUCGUCACUGCUUCCGAUGAACCCUGGAGCAAGUAUAUUCACAGUCCCGCGAGCCGGAACGUCUCGCCGGUGGGCGUCCACUCCAUCGAGGGAAACGUCUCGGUGAGGAACUGCAGUUCCGGCCGCCAGGUGAUCCGACUGCAGGCCGGCUCUCGCAUAUCACUCGACUUUGGCGUCGAGGUUGGCGGGCACGUCUCGUUCAACGCCAAGUCCGCCUCCUCGUCGCCCCUGUCCCUCGCGUACGCGGAGUCGCCGUACUUUGUGCGCGAGAUAAGCGACGACACGGGCGCGACGCCGGGGAUGGACUGGGACUCGGCCUACAACAUCACCCUCGACGACGGGCACGCGGAGCGGGCGGUGUGGUACCACACCCCGAGCGAGCGCUUCCGCGGGGGCUUCCGCUUCCUCACCCUCAACGCGCUCGAGGAUGUGGUCGUGUUUAACGUGACGUGCGAGAUCGGGUUCGCCCCUAACAUGGCCGACCUGAGGUCCGGCACCGGGUACUUCUACGCGGGCGACGCCGACGCCGACAUCCUCAACCGGAUAUGGUACGCGGGGGCGUACACCAUCCAGACCAACAUCGCGCCGGCCGACACGGGCCGCUGGCUGCCCCAGGUGCGCCCCGGCUGGGCCUACAACGCGACGUUGAGCGUGGCCUCGCCGGCGCUGGUGGACGGGGCCAAGCGGGACAGGGCCAUCUGGCCGGGCGACCUGGGGAUCCAGGGCCCGAUCGCCAUGAUGGCGUACGGCGCGCCGGGGAGGGAGAGCGUGCGCAACAGCCUGGCGACGCUCCUCCACUACCAGAACGCCACGACGGGCAUGCUGCCGUUCGCGGGCCCGGCCACGGGGAGCUUCCGCAGCGGCGCGAGGAGCGACACGUACCACACGUGGGCGCUCAUCAGCAUGUACGACUACGCCGUGUGGUCCGGGGACGAGGCGUGGGUGGCGGAGCACUGGGCCAGCAUCGCGCGCGGGGUCGAGUACGUCACGGCCAGGCUGGACGCGGAGACGGGGCUGCAGGAGCAGGUGAACGAGAACGACUGGGCGAGGAGGUACACGGGCGGGUUCAACUCGGCGCUCAACGCGCUCAACUACCACGCCCUGGCGUCUCUGGCGACGCUGGCCGGGCCCGGGGAGCAGGCGAGGUCGUGGGGGCAGGCGGCGGCGAGGAUCAAGAGGCAGUACAACGCGCUGCUCUGGGACGGGGCGACCGGGAUGUACCGCGACAACCCGGAGAGCGGCCUCCACGCGCAGGACGGCAACUCGCUCGCCCUGCUGUACGGGCUGGCGGAGACGGGGGCGCAGCGCGCGGCGGUGAGCGAGGGCCUGGAGCGCAACUGGAACGGCAUCGGGCCGAGGCUGCUGCGGCGGCUGUGGGGGUACCUCCUCGACGAGGGCAGCGGGCUCUUCACGGGGUCGACGUUCGUGGAGGGGCUGGCGGCCAACGGGAGCCUGUACUACCGGUCGGAGCGGUCAUACAAAUACGAUGCGGCGUACACGUCGCUGGCGCAUGGCUGGAGUUCGGGGCCGACGACGGCGCUGGUGACCGGCGUGCUGGGGCUGCGUCUGGAGGAGAUUGGGGGCCGGAGAUGGUCGUUGAGGCCGCAGCUGGGGGAGCAACUCAAAAGCGUCCAGGCCGGGUUUGAGACCGGGCUGGGGUGGUUUGAGGGCAAGGUGACGGUCGGCGAGGAUGGGGAUGUAGAGGUGGAGGUUACCGCUCCCAAGGGGACAAAGGGGAGGAUUGUGUUUCCGGAUGCGGCAAAAGGACGAGUACGAGUAAAUGGGAGGGAGUUUAGGCGCCAGCCGGAGGAGACGGUGUUGGUGAUGGACCUGGAGAUGUAG